GUGUAGGAAGCGGUAACCGCGUGUGUUUGUGUAACAUGUUAGGAAACGCUUUCAGUGCCCUUUAAUGCAAUGACAGUACUGCAUCCAUGGCGGGACAUCUGAAGAAGCAAUUAAAAGAUGCAGUGAAGGUCAUCAGCUCAGGAAGCCUCCUGUUUGCCUCCUACCUCACUGCGGUUGGAGAUGAGCGUUUCUAUGCCAACCAGCUGAUGCCCCUGCUGCAGAGGAUUGUGGGGGCAGAGACGGCGCAUGUGUUGGCAGUGAAGAUGAUUGGUCUGGGUCUGGUUCCUCUGAACCGUUACCAGGACCCUGCAUCAUUGGAAGUCAACGUCCUGGGAUUAAAGUUCAAAAACCCUAUUGGGAUUGCCGCAGGCUUCGACAAGCACGGAGAGGCUGUAGACGGGUUGUACAAAGUGGGUUUUGGCUUUGUUGAAGUGGGCACAAUCACUCCCAAACCUCAGGAGGGGAACCCCAAACCACGUGUGUUUCGACUCACUACAGAUCAGGCAAUUAUUAACAGAUAUGGAUUCAACAGCUGUGGUUUGGCCGAAGCACAACAGAGGCUGAAGGCCAGGGGAGGCACACAGGAACAGCAAACUAAAGCUGGCCUUCCCCUGGGCAUCAACCUGGGGAAGAACAAGCUGUCCCAGGACGCAGGGGCAGAUUACUUAGAAGGGGUGAGAGUGCUGGGCCCGCUGGCAGACUACCUGGUGGUCAACGUCAGCAGUCCUAAUACGCCAGGUCUCCGGAAUCUACAGGGGAAGGCUGAGCUCCACCAGCUCCUACAAAUGGUGUUGAAGGAGCGUGAUGCCCUGCAGGGAGAAUGCAAACCUCCAGUCCUGGUGAAAAUCGCUCCUGACCUCACUGCACAGGACAAACAAGACAUUGCGGAUGUUGUCACUGAGCUGGGAGUGGAUGGUUUAAUGGUGUCUAACACCACAAUUUCCAGACCAGAAACUCUUCAGGAUCCACAUAAGUCUGAGGUUGGUGGGCUAAGCGGCCAGCCUCUCAAAGACCUCUCUACUAAGACUGUGAGAGAGAUGUACAACCUCACUAAAGGUAAAGUACCAAUUGUUGGAAUCGGUGGUGUGGCCAGUGGACAGGAUGCUAUGGAUAAGAUCCGCGCUGGUGCCUCACUGGUUCAACUUUACUCAGCUUUGACCUACCAGGGUCCACCCAUAGUGACGAAGAUAAAGCGAGAAUUAGAACAACUUCUUAAAGAACAGGGUUUCAGCAGUGUAUCAGAGGCAGUCGGGGCAGAUCACAGGGGAGCAGAUGUGUCGACUCAUAGGCCGUGGCUGCUGAAAGAGAUGGUAAACGUUAACACAGACACUCCACCUGUAGCUGCCAUCUCCUCCAACUAGGCAAUGACCUUCAACUCUUCCUGAACUGUUAUGAAUGCUGAAUAUUUAUGAUUGUCCGUUCGUCCUUCUUGAUUUCCAGGAUGAGAUAUGGUAUGAACGUUGUUAAAACCAUAUUUGUCAAAUGCUGAAUGCACCAAAUCUCAGCUUCUCACGUUUUACUUGAACAUGAUGACAAAGUUAACAAUAAGGCUUUGAUGUUGUAUCUCCAUCUUAAGAAGCUGAGGUUUAUUUAUAACCUCAUUUCAGAUGUGUAUGCUUUGUUACAGUGUAACAGCAGAAGGUGAAUCUCAAGUGCAUACUGACACCAAAGUGCUUGAACUCUUCAAACACAAACCUGUUAACAAACAUAGACAUAAAGAAAAUAAUGUAACCUGUUUUAUUAUUUUAUAUGCAUAAAAUAGCAACUAUUGUCUAAUAACAAGAGCUGAAACAUACAUUGAAAUGUUGAUGCAUUAUUUGCUGAUGUUAUAUGUUAUUCUACUGCAGAAAUAUACACUCAAUCGCAAUAACAGCAACUAAGUGUUAUUUGGUGUGUGAGAGAAGAUCUCAUGGUGAGUCUUUGUAAGCUCUCUUUCAAGGUCCUGUCCCUGGCAACUGAGAUACACUACAUUACCCACAAAUGUUCUCUUAUUCACUUCCCUGCUCAAAGAAAAUUAUAAUAAGAGAUGUCCUGAUCCAAUUUCAAUGAUCCGUAUUGCCACCAAUCAAGGCAUAAUUGGUAUUAGGAUUGGCUGUUUUUACUCACAAAGCUUACAUGCACAGUGCAACUCUCUCGCACCUCCUCCUUUCCGCCGUAUAUCAGAGAGAGCAGGUGCAGAGCACGGGUAGCCCCGCCCACAGUAAAACUCCACACUCAACACGCCUCUGCAAGUGCAACAAAAGUCCUGCAAACAAAAGCCAAUAAAAGUAAUUAGUUAAUGUAAUUAGCACAAAAGAUGUGGAGACAAUGGAAAUAAACACUCCGCUGAAACCUGAGUGGGACAUCCCUAGUUAUGAUUUGACUCCACAAUAGAAACGUUCCACAAAGCUCAUUGUUGCUGGGUUGAUAAAUAUAAAGCCCCUUGGUGUGCUUUGGUAUACCACAGGAGAGCAUUGUGCCAUUUGCAGAUGUGACAUUACAUAAUUUCUAUUGACAUUUCUGAUGUUUUCAGUUUUACUGCUAUCUGAAGCUGACAUUGUAGAAAGCUGCCUAAUGUAGCGAUUGAUUCAGUAUUGUGUAUAUAAAUGAUAUUUGUUGAAGUGUGGGAGAUUCGCAAGUGGAAUACAAAUACUGUUAUAACACAAUUAAUAAAUAAAUAAUGGUGCUUUUUAAAGA